CCGGCUAAGGGCCUUGAUAGCAAGGCCCCCUUUCUUGUCAAAAUGGCAGCGCCCAGCAUGCUGGGGAGGUAUCUCUAAGGUGGGGAGGGGGUGCGGCGGGUAAGAGACCUCCCAGGAGAGUAAGCAGCGUACCGCACUUCAGAUUUUGAAACACCCAGGGACCGCCAUACUACUUUCUACAGUGGCCUCACCAGUUUGCAUUUCCGUCAGUGGUGUGCCAGGCUUCCUAUUUCUCCAGAUCGCAGAUACUGUCUCCUUUGGGAUUAAAACAGACUAAAAGACUCUGUGAAAUAAGUUUCUACAAUGAUUUGUUCAACACUCAGGAGAGUUGGCCACGUGCAUAUCUACCUGGUGAGGAAGGCCAGCGGUGUCUCCAAAGGCCAUCAUCAACAGACUGUGGGCUCAAGACCUGCUGCUUCAGAGUUUGCUGCCCAAGGAGCUUCGGGCAACGUGCUGGAGCUGCUGGGCAAAUCCUACCCUCAGGACAACUACAGCAACCUCUCCCGGAAAGUUCUCUCCAGGGUUGGCAGGAAUCUGCACAAUCAGCAGCAUCACCCUCUUUGGCUGAUCAAGGAGAGGGUGAAGGAACACUUCUACCAGCAGUAUGUGGGCCGCUUUGGGACUCCGCUGUUCUCAGUUUAUGACGACCUUUCUCCAGUGGUCACCACCUGGCAGAACUUUGACAGCCUGCUCAUCCCAGCUGACCACCCCAGCCGGAAGAAGGGAGACAACUAUUAUGUGAAUGGGACUCACAUGCUGCGAGCUCACACGUCCGCACACCAGUGGGACCUGCUGCAUGCUGGGCUGGAUGCCUUCCUGGUGGUGGGUGAUGUCUACCGGCGCGACCAGAUAGACUCCCAGCAUUACCCAGUUUUCCACCAGCUGGAGGGCGUCCGACUCUUCUCGAAGCAUGAGUUAUUUACUGGCAUAAAGGAUGGAGAAAGCCUGCAGCUCUUUGAACAGAGUUCUCGUUCUGCCUGUAAACAGGAGACACAUACCAUGGAGGCCACAAAGCUCGUUGAAUUUGACCUUAAGCAAACGCUUGCCAGGCUUGUGACACAUCUUUUUGGAGAUGGACUGGACAUUAGGUGGGUAGACUGCUACUUCCCUUUUACUCAUCCUUCCUUCGAGAUGGAGAUCAACUUCCACGGAGAAUGGCUAGAAGUUCUUGGCUGUGGGGUGAUGGAACAGCAACUAGUAAAUUCAGCUGGUGCUCAAGAUCAGAUCGGUUGGGCUUUUGGCCUGGGAUUGGAAAGACUGGCCAUGAUCCUCUAUGACAUCCCUGAUAUCCGCCUCUUCUGGAGUGAGGAUGAGCGUUUCCUGAAGCAGUUCCGCGUGUCGGAUAUCAACCAGAAGGUGAAAUUUCAGCCUCUUAGCAAAUAUCCUGCUGUGAUAAAUGACAUCUCAUUCUGGUUACCCUCUGAGAAUUAUACAGAAAACGAUUUCUAUGACUUAGUACGAACAAUUGGAGGAGACCUGGUGGAAAAAGUUGAACUGAUAGACAAGUUUGAACAUCCAAAAGACAUGUCAAGUAAGAAGUUGCUGUAGCCAAAGUCAAAGAGGUUGUUGCCUGUUUUUCUCUUGAGGAUUUUGAUGGUUCCCUGAGGAAGAGUUUCUGAACUCCUAAGACUAUAUGGUGAACAUAUAAUGAAAACACCUGCACACCAAGAAGCAGAAAUGUUCACUCUGAUGACCAUCCUGCAGUAGGGCAAUGCUCAGGCACAGAAUGUUACUUUCAUUUGUAAGACAGAGGAUCCCUCCACAACGUGAUCACUAUUCAGCCACAGCACAGACCUGCUCCUUCCUUUCCUUGAGAGGUGCCAGUUGUGUGCACUGAUUCCUUUUAACCCUUGUCUCCAAAGAACUGAAAGAAUAUCAGCAUUUCUACACACGUGAUCUUGAAUAGCCUCUCAGCAUGUUUAGUGUAUGAUUUCCUUAAAAGCAUUCUUACUAGGUGAUACUCUUCCCAGAGAAAAGCUUGGAGGUCCAAGGUUUGAUCUACCAGUUUUAAACUCAUUAUCAGUGGCUCACUUAUCUUAUGAUGUUCCUAAGGUUUCAACCUGCAUCCCUACUUCCAGUAGGUGAUAAUAUAGUUUUUAAAAUUCUUAUCCUUUGCCAAAGGAUGGAAAGAAGCUAGAAUGAGUGACAGGUUUACUGUAGUGUCAUUCCCUGAAUGUGUUUACAAAUGGGAGUAGCUACAAAUGCAGGAUCAUCGAGGGCUCACCUUAAUGUAACUUAGAAAAUGGACCAAAUAAACUCCCACCCCAUAGUUGACCCAGGUCUCGUGAUUCUGAAGAAGUGACAUUUAGCACAGUAUAGGACCUUACCGAAUUUCUUUGCUUUAAAAACGUACCAGUUGACUUGGGUAAGACAUUCUUUACACCUUCAGGGAUACUUAAACACUUCCUAUGUUAUUCUGGAAACCUUUCACCCAGCAGUAAAUAUUAUCAACCUCUGAAACAGUGAAUGACAGUCAGCCUGCCACUGGUGUAAAAUCAGGGACCGGAACAGAGCACUUUCCCUGAUGCAGUCAGAAUUAAGACAGCCAGAAUGUGCCUUAAGUAUCUAAGAAAAACUUGACCAAAGCGCAGGGCCACUGCGUCUGUUGUUACUUUAGAUUUAUUCAAUUAGAGUCCCAAGCAAAGUAAAUUGAGCUGUGUGGCUGAUUUGAAUAUUACCUUGGAAGAGAGUAUAAAGAGAUUAACAAACCCUAAGGGACUAGGAAGGAGAGUGCCAGGCUCCUCCUUCUGUCCCCACACUUGGGCCGCCUUUUGCAGAUUUGUUUACAAAGGACCAGAAUCAAAGCAGGAGAGCAGACGUGCCUUUUGUUCAGUGCCUCACAGUCCUUUCUCUGCUUCACCAUCAUCAGAAAUUUCCUCCGUGUGUGUGUGUGUGUGUGUGUGUGUGUCUGAGAGACAGUGUGUGUGUGAACUACAGCAAAAUCAAAGCUGGCAUGUGCGGAAGCUUUCAAGUUGAGGAAGGAGGCCCAUCCUGAGAACGGGGGACAUUUGGUCCGGUUGAAUUGUGCCUUUGUCUUGGCAUUUGUGUUGUCUGGCACAGUCGGCUGCAUUAAAUUGACCUGGUGCCACAAAACAAUUGGCACAUGAGAAAUAUUAAAAUUAACUGCACGGGACUUACAUUUCCUUAGGCUGUAGGGUAAGUUAACUGUGCGUUUCAACAGAGAGCUUCCUCCGUUCUACCGUCUCCAGUGCCAUGUGGCGAUUGGUUGUCUCCCACUUCAUUCAAAGACUGAGGCAUUUUUCCACGCGUUUUACUCAUGAUUUAACAGAGGUACAGGAAUAGGAUGAUGCCAGGGAGGCCAUCCUGUUUUCAGGAUGCAAGUGGUAUUUUUAAAUCAGGUCUUUCAUGCUUUGGCAGAUUGAGAUGGCAGUGAGUUUUCGAGUAGAGUAGGAAGCUGGACUGAGGACAGAGAGGGAGCAGUAGGGGGAAACACCGAGGACAAUGGAGAGGCCUUCUUGGGGAUUACUUUUCACUCUUAAUCAUGACUUUUCAAUGUCUUUUUUAUUCCCUUGGGUCCUCACUGUUUUCAGGGUAUGUCCAAUGCUGCUUAACAAAUAAAGUCUACACUAUUAGAUUAGGAAAGAAUAUAUCUAGGCUGCAGGGGCUCUGCCACUAACCAGCUGUGUGACCUUGGACUUAUCUCUGAGAACCCACUUCCCACCUGUGAGAUGAGGGAGGGGCUGGGGCCAUGCCAUUCUCUCUGUCUAUUCCAGAGCUCCCCAUCCGUGGUCUGCAUCUCAUGGCCUUGGAUUCCCAUCUGUGGCUCCUCUUCUCCAAAGCAGAAGAAGAAUUGCCUAAUGGGGUUUGGAUGAGCAAUCCAUUUAUUAAAACUGUUAUGGUUCUCCUAGCUCCUUGUAAGUAUUUUUAUCAGAGAAUACCUAGGGAGGGGAGAUGAAACCCAUCACUCCUUUACUUGUUAUUAGCACUGAUGAGUUUGAGAUUUAGGAGGAGAACGAAAACAGUGGCCCAGAUGUGUCUUUGGUUUAGUUUUGUUUGCUGUGUUCCUCCCCCACAGUUAGUAAGGGCAUGACUGUUCUUUUACCACUUUAUUCCAUCCCGAGCAGGGAGUUUGACUUUGGGCUGGCCUCCCUUUUCCUGCCUCCUCUUUCCCUUCCUUCCUGGUAGGCACCAAUGUCUUAUUUAUCUUUGUACCCUAAGCAUAGUAUUUGGCACAUAACAGAUGAUCCAAAUGUAUUUGUCAACUGCCUUGGUUCAAAAAGUAGACCAAGAAUAUGAGAAGGAAUACUUGGAAUUAACACUGGAAAUUAAUAUGAUCAACCAUGUCCUAAAAAUAAAAUGAAAUUAACAUUAUAAGCUAGGAAAGACAGAGCAUGCACACAUUUGCCAGCCUGGACUUGAAUAAAUGUUGGCAAGAGUUAUCGAAAAAAGUUUUGGGAUGGAUCGAUCCCUUCUUAUUUCUGUAGCAUCCUGGAAAAUUUGUAGCUUGCUCUAUCAAACACUCUGCAAUCACUGCUUUCUUCAUUCAGAAAGUUAGAGAAGCUCAUCCCUUACACCUUGAGAACAACAGAGCAAAAACCAGGUUCAAAAUAAAGCAUGACCUCUUGGGUUAGGCUUAUUCCUAAGAUAUCUUAUGGCUUUUGGUGCAAAUGUAAAUGGGAUUGAUUCCUUGAUCUCUCUUUCCGCUGCUUCAUUUUUGGUGUAUAGAAAUGCAACCAAUUUCUGUACGUUGAUUUUAUAUCCUGCGACUUUGCUAAAUUCACAUAUCAGUUCUAGCGGUUUUUUGGUAGUCUUUCGGGUUUUCCACAUAGAGUAUCGUGCUUCGUGUGGAAUUUAAGAAAUAAAACAGAUGCACAUAAGGGAAGGGAACCAAAAAUAAGAUAAAAACAGAGAGGGAGACAAACCAUAAGAUACUCUUAAAUACAGGGAACAAACUAAGAGUUGCUGGGGAGAGGCACUAAAUGGGUGAUGGGCAUUAAGGAGGGCACUUGUUGGGAUGAGCACUGAGUGUUAUAUGUAAGUGAUGAAUCAGUAAAUUCUGCUCCUGAAACUGCUACACUGUAUGUUAAGUAACUUGAAUUUAAAUAAAUAAAUUAGAAAAUAAUAAAGCAUGGCAUCUACUGUAGAAGAGUCACAUGGUGAAAUGACCAGAAUUAAAAGGUAAAAUACCAACAUGUGCUUUAACAUCCACAGAAUAAUCGAUGAGUGGUACCACCACACCUCCAGUUUCUAGAUUCUCCCCCAUUUUGCAACCCCUGCCAUUAGCUUGUAACCUUAGGAUUAACAGCAGGAAAUCUGGGGCCAGACUGCCUGGGUUCUAAUGAUAGCUCUGCACUCACUUGCUGUUAUUUUAAUCUCUCUACCUCAGUUUCCUGAUCUGUAAAAUGGGGGUAAUAAUAAUUCCAACUACAUCCGGAGUGUUGUGAGAAAUGAAUGAAUCAAUGCCUGUAAAGUGCCAGGCACGCUGCCUCCUGGUCUCAGUGACAACUGUUUCUCACUGAAAACAAUUACUGUAUACCAUUGUUUGGUUUAUAAGUAGUCUGAGAGACAUGGGAUAAUUUCAGAGAAAUUCUCUUUGAAAAUCUCAUGUAUGCUGAACCAGGGUGGAUUCAUUAAAUUAAAUGCCAAACCUGACAUUUCUUAGCACCCAGCCAGCCUCUUUUGCCAACUCACUAAGUGUGUGUGCCUCAUUCAGACUUCAGAAAAGGGACCGGCUUCCUGAGUGGCGCCCCCAGUCCCUGCUGUCUUUUGCUGGCAAGAAUACGAGACAUUCCCAAAUCUCCAGGCCGUCUGUACCCCAGCCUAAGUUUCUAGUCCAAUGUCCCAUCCAGCUAUCCUGGGCCUGUCCCUCUCCCUGCCUGGGUGCUACACGACAGGGCUCUGUGUGCCUGCAGUGGGAGCCAUUGCUUGCCUCCCUCUCCCUGUGCCUGGGGACCCACUCACACGAAGUUGGGGGGGGGGGGAGGGAGGGAAGAAACAAGGGUUUUUUGGAACCACGAUCUCUGGUGAAUGUCCUUCCUCGGAUCCUAUAUAAUGAGCUCCGGAACUCCUUUGCUUCCUUUGUGAUUUCUUUUGUCAUCUUUGCCUUCUCCUUCUUUUUUUUUUUUUUUUUUUAACUGUUUGUCUGCCUUUACCCUUCAAAGAAUUCAAAUCCUAAAACUAGUUGUUUUUUUUUUUAAA